AUGAUCUGGUCGUCACAGAUCCGGCGUCGUGCUGUGGCGUCGUGCUGCGGCGUCGUCGGCGCCGGGAGGCGGCAAGAGACGUCAGGUGCGGUAGAAGUCGUCAGGCGGCAGGAGACGUCAGGCGCGGCAGGAGUCGUCAGGCCAGACAGCGAGGGGUGCAAGGCUGCGGCGGCCCCCGCAGCUUUACUGAAAAGAAGACCUCCUCAGAGGAAAGAAGACCCAACCCACCAGGAAGACAGCAGUCUUCACCCCAGCGCCUCAGAGGAAAGAAGACCCAACCCACCAGGAAGACAGCAGUCUUCACCCCAGCGCCUCAGAGGAAAGAAGACCCAACCCACCAGGAAGACAGCAGUCUUCACCCCAGCGCCUCAGAGGAAAGAAGACCCAACCCACCAGGAAGACAGUAGUCUUCACCCCAGCGCCUCAGAGGAAAGAAGACCCAACCCUCCUGGAAGACAGCAGUCUUCACCCCAGCGCCUCAGAGGAAAGAAGACCCAACCCACCAGGAAGACAGCAGUCUUCACCCCAGCGCCUCAGAGGAAAGAAGACCCAACCCACCUGGAAGACAGCAGUCUUCACCCCAGCGCCUCAGAGGAAAGAAGACCCAACCCACCUGGAAGACAGCAGUCUUCACCCCAGCGCCUCAGAGGAAAGAAGACCCAACCCACCAGGAAGACAGCAGUCUUCACCCCAGCGCCUCAGAGGAAAGAAGACCCAACCCACCAGGAAGACAGCAGUCUUCACCCCAGCGCCUCAGAGGAAAGAAGACCCAACCCUCCUGGAAGACAGCAGUCUUCACCCCAGCGCCUCAGAGGAAAGAAGACCCAACCCACCAGGAAGACAGCAGUCUUCACCCCAGCGCCUCAGAGGAAAGAAGACCCAACCCACCAGGAAGACAGCAGUCUUCACCCCAGCGCCUCAGAGGAAAGAAGACCCAACCCUCCUGGAAGACAGCAGUCUUCACCCCAGCGCCUCAGAGGAAAGAAGACCCAACCCUCCUGGAAGACAGCAGUCUUCACCCCAGCGCCACCUACAGGACCAAGCCUCACAGCCCAGCCCGCUCAGUGA